GUGUGUUGUUUUGUGCUGUCCUUCCCCGCGGUGGCACGGUAGCUGUGGCCAUCGCCCCCCGGAAGCCAGACUCGACCGCCACGUACGACUACAGGAGUGCAUACUAGACUUGCCCUUGAACGGCUGGUUGGGUUAAACUCGACUCAGAACGGACGGGGAAGGCAUCACCAACAAGAUGGCAUCGUCUCACGAGACUUCUGUGCCGAAGUGGAACCCACCAUCAGCAGCCGCGAGCGGUGAUAGAGCGCGGCAAGGACGGCACCAGCAGCCCACCGGUAAACUAUUCUCGGGCCCAAAAGAUGUCUGGGGCAAUAGGAGUACUACAAGUAGCUCCGUCUUCGGCUGUCUUUUCUUACAAUACUCCAUGCCACUGCUGUUGCAUCCACCGAUACUCCAAGGCAAGAUGUUCCUCCAUUGAUACGUGUUCAUUUUUGCUUUACUCAAGUCGAAGCCUUUUGUAAACGAUGGGGAUCGUUGAGUCAGUAUUGUCCGGGGCAUACUGCAGGUAUCGUCCGGGUGACUUUCGUCACCGUCAUUGGGAACGAAGCGGGUGAAUCUUCGUCUGUACACUCAUUAUAGUUCUGUCACUGAAUCUGCUUGCAUGCUGUUUUAGCUUCAGGCAGCCUCGCCAAAGCUCUAGAUGGACGCCAGCACCAAC